UUGUCACUUAAGUUAGACCAUACUCCCAUUUGCAAUGCAGGUCAAGAACAUGAAGAAAUUUUCAGUUUUGUUGAUAAUGGUAAUGUGUUGCUUGGCUUCCAUGGCUGAAGCAGAGUACUUUAAGUACAAAGAUCCUAAACAACCUAUGGGUGUUCGGAUCAAAGACUUGAUGAAAAGGAUGACAUUGGCAGAAAAGAUUGGACAAAUGACCCAAAUUGACCACAAAGUUGCAUCCAAUGAGGUCAUCAAGAAGUACUUUAUUGGGAGUGUUUUGAGUGGAGGAGGAAGUGUUCCAGCCAAACAUGCUUCUGUAAAGACAUGGGUGGACAUGGUUAAUGAUUACCAAAAAGGAGCUUUAUCGACCCGAUUGGGGAUACCGAUGAUUUAUGGAAUUGAUGCUGUCCAUGGUCAUAACAAUGUUUACAAAGCUACAAUCUUUCCUCACAAUGUUGGUCUUGGAGUUACCAGGGACCCUGUUCUGGCUAAGAAGAUAGGAGCUGCAACUGCCCUUGAAGUUAGAGCUACUGGCAUACAAUAUGCUUUUGCACCUUGUAUUGCAGUUUGUAGAGAUCCAAGAUGGGGCCGUUGCUACGAGAGUUAUAGUGAAGAUCCCAAGAUUGUUAAGCUAAUGACCGAGAUUAUACCAGGUUUACAAGGAGACAUCCCUGCUGGUUCAAGAAAGGGUGUUCCUUUUGUUGGCGGACAAGACAAGAUAGCAGCAUGUGCCAAGCAUUACCUGGGAGAUGGUGGGACUCAUCUGGGCACAAACGAGGGUAACACGAUCAUAGAUGCCAAAGAUUUUUUUAGGAUACACAUGCCAGCAUACUAUGAUGCCGUCAUCAAGGGUGUGGCUACUAUUAUGACCUCAUAUUCUAGCUGGAAUGGGGUUAAAAUGCACGCCAACCGUUUCCUUGUCACAGAUUUCCUUAAAAACAAGCUCAAGUUCAAGGGGUUCGUUAUAUCGGAUUGGCAAGGGAUUGACAGGAUCACUACUCCUGAACAUGCUAACUAUACUUACUCAAUCAUCGCUGGGAUGAAUACUGGAAUUGACAUGUUCAUGGUACCAUACAACUACACUGAGUUUAUAGAUGGUCUAACUGACCUAGUCAAGAACAAGUUCAUAUCCAUGAGUCGUGUAGAUGAUGCAGUUAAGAGGAUUCUAAGGGUCAAGUUCACUAUGGGUCUAUUUGAACACCCAUUGUCUGAUUACAGCAUGGCCAAGUACCUCGGAAGCCAGGAGCACAGAAAUUUAGCUAGGGAAGCUGUGAGAAAAACACUUGUGUUGUUAAAAAACGGCAAAUCUUUAAAGAAGCCACUGUUACCUCUUCCUAAAAAGGCGUCAAAGAUACUAGUGGCAGGGUCCCAUGCCGAUAAUCUUGGUUAUCAAUGUGGUGGAUGGACACUCGAGUGGCAAGGGCUUUCAGGAGAUAUUACUGAUGGCACCACAGUCCUAUCUGCUGUAAAGAAGGCCGUUGACCCAAAAACACAAGUUGUCUACAAUGAGAACCCGAGUGGGGAGUUUGUCAAGUCCAGCAAAUUCGACUAUGCAAUUGUCGUGGUGGGAGAACACCCCUAUGCUGAGACAUUUGGGGACAGCAUGAAUCUGACAAUUGCAGAGCCGGGACCAAGCACCAUAAAGAGUGUCUGCGGCUCAGUAAAAUGUGUGGUUGUCUUGAUCAGUGGCCGGCCCGUAGUGGUGGAGCCAUAUGUAAGCACCAUAGAUGCUCUUGUGGCUGCUUGGCUUCCAGGAACCGAGGGUCAAGGUAUCACAGAUGCUCUGUUUGGUGACUAUGCAUUUACAGGAAAGCUCGCCCGUACUUGGUUCAAAUCUGUUGAUCAACUCCCAAUGAACGUUGGGGAUGCACAUUAUGACCCGUUGUACCCCUUUGGGUUUGGGCUCACAACUAAGCCUACCAAGAAUUUGUGAAACUAGUUAGGGUGAUUUUUUUUGUGCGGGAGUUUGAGCCUUUUUUUGGCAGAAUCACAUUCAAGUUUUCUGCAAGAAAUCUUGUCCUAAUGUCAUAUGAAUAAAGUAAUUGAUUCAGUAGCC